GGUUGAGAUAGGUGACGAGCUCUGCUACCCGGUUCAUCGCCUCGAACCCUCUUGUAACAGUCUCGUGCGUAACGUCAGUCGUGACCGGUUUAUCGAUUUCGAGGAAAGUCGGCCGAGCCACCAAAGGAUGGGAAUAUUUCGCGAGUUUCCGAUAGUCUUCAAUCUCUACAAAAAGUAUAGUUAAACGUUCGUGAACGAACGAGACCGGUGGAACGGAGUGACCGAGUGAUUUAUAUGGGCAACAAUCAGUGAGCAGCUAUAUUCAACGUUCGUGUAAACACAGAACGAUCCCAUCGAGAACGAAAUAUCAAUAGCCGAGUAUAGCCGAACUUUGACAGACAUAUCCAGUGAAGACCGUAAACAAUCCGAGAGAUAACAUCGGAACAGGUUCGCUAAAAGCGACUGGUAAUAUGUCGAAAGUACCAGGAAUCAUGAAGACGGAGGACGUCAUUGGGAAACAGACUCUCGUGAGGCGUGUUUCCAACAUGCUUAAAGAUGGAAGCAGCGGACCACCGAUGUUGUUUCGCCACGCAUCGAUGCAAAGGAUUCGCCACUGUUGUCAAAAUCUGAAUCUCUUCCCAUAUCUGCUCUACUCCUUCGACAACUCGACGUCGCACCCCAUCGCCCUCAAAGUGCAUUUAUGUCUCAGCAACCUGCUCCAGGGCAUUAUGGACAGAAUCUUCUUCUUGUACAAGAACUUAUGGCGGUCCUUGCUCCGCAGCAGUCCCGACGAUUCACUGACGCAGGAAUACGUGCAGCCUGAAGAGUCGUGCGAACCCAGGCCAAGGUUUCAAAAGCCAGAAUGCCAUAAACGCAAACAGCACCCUACCUUCCUGACGAUAGCCGUUUACUUCGCACCAUUCCUACUGGUCUUCCAAUCGAUCGGCCUUUUUGGUUUGAUGAUCUUUUGCAAGUACACCCCAGGAUAUAUCUUCCUGGUUGCUGCCCUGUUGUUACUGGGCUUCAUCUGGAUGAAGAUCCUCUUCCACGAGAGCGUGCGAUACACCAAGAUUGAGAGCGAGAAGUACGAGAAGAACAAAGUGGAUUGAUCCUACGGUAGUUUUCUCUCGUCCCAUCCCCUGCACACAUCGCAAUCAGACUGUUCAUCGAAUAGAUAGCGGACUCCCAAGAGCAUCGUGACUCUGGGUCACCAUUGCAAUUCCCUCGUCGCAUCUGAACACUUGAUCUGUACCGAAUAGAGUUUAUCACUAUUACGAGACUAACUCGGCGAUAAUUCGUGUCCCUUGUUCAUCUGCUUCGAUAGCUUCGUAGGUUCGUAGGGUCACUGGUUCGAUCCAGUGGAUUUACCAGUUCCAUAACAUUUUGUAUACAUCUCCGGGCAGAUACGUAAGCGCGCGCGCGAUCGUUGUUGCAACGCGUUAGAGGAUAGGAUACUAUGGCAUGCUACCGUGACUCCGGAUAGAUUUAAGGUUGCCGCUCAGACAUCUAAACGCCCGCAUAAUUGUAAUUGUUUUUUGUCCUAUACGUAAUUCCGAGAAUUACUAGUUUCUAGCGCUGUUACAAAAUGAGAGGCAUUUGAGGAGUUGCCUAGGUAACGAUCGCGAUACACCUUAUCCUCUGCAGUAGAAGACUGAGAAUUGUUUUAACUUGUUUGUAUAUAUAUAUAUAUAAAAAAGAAGAAGAAGAAGACAAAGAUACAACGCGUAAGGGAAAAACGUAUGCGAGAAGAAACGUUCGUCGUCUAUAUCACACGGGGUUGCUUUAACAUAUUUGAAAAGACUUGGUGCGUCUAUUGAACAAGUUAGGCUAAUCUGUGAUGAAGUGGAUCCGAGUGUAUUUUUCACGACCACUUGCUGUCUCCCUUACUUAAAUACGAUAAGAAUACAUGUGUAACGUCGGUUUUUUUUUUAAAUAUAUGUUACUUACACAGAAA